AUGUCCACUCAGGACAUAGAUCUCAUCUUUCCAUCAAAUACAGAGAUAUCAAUGUUCAUGGAUUGUUUUUCUUCCCUUCUAGUCUCCCUUUUAACCUCCUGGCUGCUUCCCACCACUGCCCAAGUCACCAUUGAAGCAGUGCCACCCAUUGCUGUUGAAGGGGAAACUGUUCUUCUGUUUGUGCAUAACCUGCCAGAGAAUGUUCAAGUCCUUUCCUGGUACACAGGACUUGCAGCACUCAAGAGUUGUGAAAUUGAAAGAUAUGUGAUAGCUACCAAGUCUCAUGAGGUGGGACCGGCAUACAGUAGUAGAGAGACAAUACUACGCAAUGGAUCUCUGAUGAUCAAAAGUGUCAACAAAAAAGACUCAGGAUACUACACGCUAAAAAUACUUAGUACAACCUCAAGUUCUGAAAUAAUACAUGCAGAAUUCUUUGUACACAGUCCACUUUUAGGCUACAAGACACAUCGUACUCCUUCUCAAAUGACAAUUGAAGUGUCACAGUCUAGAGUUUUUGAAACUGACCAUAUUAUUCUGGUGGGUUAUAAUCUGCCAGAGAAGAUUCUAGGCUUUGCUUGGCAUAAAGGAGUGCUUCCACUUGAUCAUUUUAAGAUAGCAAGCCACUCAUUCAUCACCAAUUCAAGCAUGCUGGGGAGUCCAUAUCACCAAAGAAUUAUAACAUGUGAUGAUGGAUCCAUGAUGUUCUUUAAUGUCACACAGAAAGAUUCAGGGCUUUACACCUUACGAGCCAUAUCUGUGGAUUUGGUAACAGAAUGGGCCAUUUUGGACCUCAGAGUAAACAAACCUGGAAGUCAGGCUUCAAACAAUCAAGCACCAGAAAGUAAACCAGUGACCUGGACCCCGAAGAAGCAAAGACGGAAAGGAUCCAAGUGCUAUUCUCUUAGACGUGUUCCAAAUAAAUAGUUUUCAGCUUGCUA